AUGAAUCAUUUUUAUAUAACAACUCGUGUCAAACAAAAAAUGCAGUUUUUCAAGAAUCUCUUUGCUGUUUCAUUUCUUUUUGUCAGUUGUUUUGCUCAAAACGAAACUCCAUCAACUGCUUUGGGAGAAACAACGACAGCUAAUCCAUUGACAAUUAAGCCAUGUCCCGGGGGUCAAAUCGAUGCUCCAAAUUGUACAAAAUGUUUAAUAAAUUUCGAACAGAAAAAUAACCAAUGUUUUGAAAUAAAAAAUAAUGUUGAGCCACCCCGUCGUACGGGUCGAACUGUUCUUCUGAUAUUUCUUGCGUGUCUUUUAACAAUUGUAUUACUCGUCGCAAUGCUAAUUGUCUAUACUCGAUUAAAUCAUCAGCAUCGCCGUCAUAUAUCAUCGAAUCCAUCCGAUUUUUCUGAAAAUGCAAACAAUCGCUUUAGCAACCUCCUUCGCUCAAUUGGUUUGAACAAACGCAGUCGAUUUAACUUCUUUUCGAUUUCGAAUAACAAUUCUUCAUUGGGGCAAUAUCGUCAACCAGAUGCAUCAAACGCGCAUUUAAGUGAAAAUCCCGAUGAAGCUUUGUUAUUUGAUGAUCCCUAUGCUGAUGGUGGCUUUCAGAACUCAGCAAGUAAUCCAUAUCGUUCAUUAACAUUAGCAGUUACUUAA